GACCCAGUUCCUCUGCAUUUGGUUGGAGGAAAACCAAUUAGAGGAUAAAUAGGGCCAAUUAAUUGUCACAUGGAUUGUGUGGUCAACACACAUUUUUCUGAUUGUCUUAAUUGGUGUUUGUUGAUUAGUGUGGGGCUUAAAACCAGCCUCCAGUGUGUGCAGGGACUACUGGAGUGAGAGCUGCCUGCAGUUGGUUCUAGUUUGGAGCACGGUGUGAAGUCUGGUCAACCAUGAAGUCAGCUGUUCAACGCCAACAGUCUUGUGUACCGAUCUCGAAGAGGACAGCCAUCUUCAAGCCCAAGGGUUGCUACUCCUCGUACAUCUACAAGAAGCUGAAGCAGGUGAACCCAGACCGUGGGUGUGUUGAGGUUGUGCGGAGGAGCUCGCCCCUGGAGCUGAUAGCGACGGAGGCCGCCAGGUUGUCCCUCUACAACAAGAGACGCACCAUCACCAGUGACGAAGUCUGCACUGCUCUCCACCGUUCUGUCCCAGCGCAGUGACACUGCUGCCGUUGUUCCCCUUCAAACUCCAGCCUGAUGCAUCUCAUUGCAUUUAUUUCUCUUCAAUAAAGUU